GUCACCGCAUACCCCAUCUCUGGGACCCAGAGCGCUGCUGAGUCAGCGUAACCGGAGCAGCCCAGUGAUCGCGAAGCCCCCGCCCCCGGCUUGCGCCCCGCCCCGAUAGAGGGCCAACCCCGCGGACGAGCACAGACGGAGUGCGACAGCAAAGCUAAGCGACAGCGCUGCCUCCGAGAGCGCAGCAUGACGGCCAUCGGCGCGCAGGCCCACAAGCUGUUGGGCCCUAAGAGGCCUCACCGGUCUUUCUUUGAGUCCUUCAUCCGGACACUCAUCAUCGUGUGCACUGCCCUGGCCGUGGUCCUUUCUUCGGUCUCCAUCUGCGAUGGUCACUGGCUCCUCGUGGAGGAUCGUCUCUUUGGGCUCUGGUACUUCUGCACCAUCAGCAACCACAGUGAACCACACUGUCUGAGAGACCUGAGCCAGGCGCAGGUGCCCGGGGUGGCUGUAGGCAUGGGCCUAGCGCGCAGCGUGGCCGCCAUGGCCGUGGUGGCUGCCAUCUUUGGCUUGGAGCUGCUCAUCGUGUCCCAGGUGUGUGAGGAUGUCCGCUCACGGCGCAAGUGGGCCAUCGGUUCCUACCUCCUCCUGGUCGCCUUCAUCCUCUCCUCUGGGGGUCUCCUCACCUUUAUCAUCCUCCUCAAGAAUCAGAUCACCCUCAUGGGCUUCACCCUGAUGUUUUGGUGUGAAUUCACUGCCUCCUUCCUCUUCUUCCUCAAUGCCACCAGCGGUCUUCACAUUAACAGUCUCACUCGGUCCUGGGACCCUCCAGCGGGGACCUUGGCUUACAGAAAGCAAGGUCAUGACGGGACUCCUCUGAUAUAGGACCUCUGGCUGAGACUGAACGGGACAGCCAGCGACCUUGCCGCUGACGCUGCCUCUUAGGCACUACUAGCUCUAGAAAUGCUGUGGGAGUCUCCUCAGCUGACCUCCAGGGCAGAGGCCAGAAGAGUACCUCAGUGCCACAGCACAGAGAGCUGGAUAGGUUAGACAAGCUAUUAAAGAUGUCAUUCUGAAAUAAGAAGAAUAUCCUAAAA